AGUGCUUGAAGAAUGGCGAGCUGGAUAUUCGUGACGAUAGCAUGUUGCUUGCUCAGUGGCCUGCAGGCAGAAACGGACUACUGCACCACAACUUACUGCUCUGUAGAAUUGGAGAACGUCGGCUGUAAUCCUCCUCCAGCAACCGGUGGUCCGGCCUGCGAUGGCAAGAGUGCUGAAGAAGUAGUACUGGACUCGAAUCUCCAGUCGUUGAUACUGUACGAGCACAACACACGUCGAUCGAAGUUUGCAAUGGGUCAGUUGGAAUCUUUUCUUCCAGCGACUCGCAUGCCCACGAUCACCUGGGAUACGGAAUUGGCAAAGCAAGCUGGCCACAAUGCUCGUAGCUGCAUCGAUGUACACGAUAGUUGUCGAAAUACGCGUGUGUACAGGUGGGCCGGACAGAACAUAAUAUUGUCAAAGUUUGGCUCGACAAUGGCGCCUGAGGAUCUGGUGAAGAACGGCAUCAAUAUAUGGUGGAGUGAAUAUAAAGACACUACGCAAGAUCAACUCAAUAGCUAUCCGGCAGGAUACAAAGGACCAGCGAUAGGGCACUUUACUCAGAUGGUAAGCGAUCAAACUGACAAACUUGGAUGCGCUAUACAGCAUUGGUUGGAUGGUGGUUCGGACGCGUACUACUUUGUUUGUAAUUAUGCCGUCACGAACGCAUUAGAACAUUCAAUAUACAAAAACGGAACUGUCGCCUCCGCGUGUACUACGGGGCCAAAUCCAAUUGAAGAGCUAAGUGGGCUAUGUUCGCCGGACGAGUCGAUAAACCCUGUACCGAACCAGUACACAGUGGAGCAACCAUGCGUUGAGUGCUCUUCUACAGAAACUGAUCCUUUUGAUGUGUCACUGCAUGGGUGA